UCCAGUCUCUCACUCCCUGCCUGCAUCCCAGACACUUUCUCUCUCUCUCCCUCUCUCUCUCUCUCUCUCUGUCUCCGUCAGCACUCCGUUGUUCCCCCCCACGACAAUCCCUCAGCACUCUCUCUCUCUCUCUCUCUCUCUCUCUCUCUUCUCACUGACUCCUUCCCUCCAUCCCCAGUCCAACAUGUUGCCUGGACAAUGCCACGGUCGCCAGCGCGAGUCGUCCCGCCUGCCGCAGAUGCCGCGCCUGGUAGCCCUGCGUGCCUGACGGAGGAGCGGGCGGGCCGCACGUGGCGGGAGACCAUGUGGCGACGGCGCUCCCUGCUGGGGGGCGCGGAAGGCGGCGCUGGGGCACAGAAGCCUGCCGACUGGCUGUAUGAGUCCUACUACUGCCUGAGCCAGCAGCACCCGCUGAUCGUGUUCCUGCUGCUCAUCGUGAUGGCAGCAUGUCUGGCACUGAUCGCCGUCUUCUUCGCCUCGGGACUGGACAUCAAGGACCAUGUGGCGUUCCUCAUCACCGUUCCCACCGCCCUGGCCAUCUUCCUGACGAUUUUCGUCUUGGUCUGCAUCGAGUCAGUCUUCAAGAAGCUGCUGCGUGUUUUCUCCUUGGUGAUCUGGGCCUGCCUUGUGGCAAUGGGCUACCUCUUCAUGUUCUUCGGAGGGAUCAUCUGUCCCUGGGACCAGGUAUCCUUCUUCCUCUUCAUCAUCUUUGUCGUCUACACCAUGCUGCCGUUCUCCAUGAGGGACGCGGUCAUCGCCAGUGCUGUCACCGCUGCCUCUCACACCGUGGUGGUCGCUGCCUACCUGUCCAGCGCCACCGACAGAAUGGAGCCUCUGCUGUGGCAGAUUUUGGCCAACAUCACCAUCUUCGUCUGUGGCGGCAUGACUGGAGCCUAUCACAAGCAUCUGAUGGAGCUGGCCCUCAAGCAGACGUACCAGGACACCUGCAACUGCAUCAAAUCCCCCAUGAAGCUGGAGUUCGAGAAACACCAACAGGAUCGCCUGCUCCUCUCUCUGCUCCCUGCCCACAUCGCGCGGGUCAUGAAGGCUGAGAUCAUCCACCGGCUGCAAGGGCCCAACUUCGGACAGACCGAAAACACCAACAACUUCCACAACCUUUACGUGCAGCGUCACACCAACGUCAGCAUCCUGUACGCCGACAUCGUGGGCUUCACGCGUCUGGCCAGUGACUGCUCCCCCGGAGAGCUGGUGCACAUGCUCAACGAGCUUUUCGGCAAAUUCGACCAGAUCGCCAAGGAGAAUGACUGCAUGAGGAUUAAAAUCCUCGGCGACUGCUACUACUGCGUUUCCGGCCUCCCAGAGUACCUGCCCAAUCAUGCCAAAAACUGUGUGAAAAUGGGCUUGGACAUGUGUGAGGCCAUAACGAAGGUUCGGGUUGCCACCGGAGCGGACAUUAACAUGAGGGUGGGAGUGCAUUCUGGAAACGUCCUGUGUGGUGUCAUUGGCCUUCAGAAGUGGCAGUAUGACGUCUGGUCACAUGAUGUCACAUUAGCUAAUCACAUGGAGGCAGGUGGUGUACCUGGGCGGGUCCACAUCUCCUCUGUCACUCUUGAGCACCUGAAUGGGGCGUACAAGGUGGAGGAAGGUGAUGGGCAGAACCGAGACACCUACCUGAAGGAGCACGGCGUCACCACCUUCCUGGUCAUCAACCCUAAGGCAGAGAGGCACAGCCCGCAGCUCCACUGCCGGCUCCGGCCCACGCCAGACGGCGCCAAGAUGAGGGCGUCGGUGCGGAUGACCCGCUACCUGGAGUCGUGGGGGGCGGCCAAGCCAUUCGCCCACCUGCAGCACCGUGACAGCAUGACAACAGAGAAUGGGAAGAUCAACACCACUGAUGUGCCGAUGGGCCAGUAUAAUUUUCAGAGGCGCUCAGAGAGGACAAAAUCACAGAAAAAGAGAUUUGAAGAGGAACUGAAUGAGAGGAUGAUUAGGGCCAUUGACGGCAUCAACUCUCAGAAGCAGUGGCUGAAAUCUGAAGACAUUCAGCGCAUCUCCCUGUUCUUUCAUAACAAGACUCUGGAAAAAGAGUACAGGGCGAUGACCUUACCAGCCUUCAAGUAUUACGUCACGUGUGCGUACGUUAUCUUCUUCUGUGUCUUCAUCGUCCAGGUCCUGGUUCUGCCAAAGACGACGAUCCUAGGUGUGUCAUUUGGGGUGGCCUUCAUCCUGCUCUCCCUUAUCCUGCUCAUCUGCUUUGCGGGACACCUCACGGAAUGCACCAAGGGCACAUCAAACCCGUUGGUGUGGAUUUUGAGCUCCUCCAGAAUCAUCGCCAACCGGCCCUGGCCGCGGCUGGCCGUCACCGUGGCAACCACCGCGCUCAUACUAAUAAUGGCCGUGUUCAACAUGUUUUUCCUGGAGAACAAGAAAUCACCCGAGGCCUCGGUCUCCAACACGUCCAACGAAACUGCUUAUAGCUCCCAGGUGAAACUGAUCAUGGAGACCAAUAAGUUCUACUUACCGUACUUUGUGUACAGCUGUGUUCUGGGCCUAGUGUCCUGCUCCGUGUUCCUGAGGGUCAACUAUGAGCAGAAGAUGGUGAUCAUGCUCUCUGCUGUGGUAGUCUACAAUGUCAUCAUCCUCGAGACGCACGCCUCCGUGCUGGAUGACUAUAGCACCUUCCUCUACCAGGACCAGGUUCUGGAUAGGCCGGGAGUUCUGAAGGACUUGAAGACGAUGGGAUCCGUGUGGCUCUUCAUAUUUUUUGUUACCCUGCUUGUGUUGGCCAGACAGAAUGAAUAUUACUGUAGGUUAGACUUCCUGUGGAAGAACAAGUUCAAGAAGGAGUGUGAGGAGAUCGAGACCAUGGAGAACCUGAACCGUGUCCUGCUGGAGAACGUCCUGCCGGCCCACGUGGCAGAACACUUCCUGGCCCGGAACUGGAAGAAUGAGGAUCUCUACCACCAGUCCUAUGAGCUGGUGUGCGUGAUGUUCGCCUCCAUCCCAGACUUCAAGGAGUUCUACACCGAGUCGGACGUCAACAAAGAAGGCCUGGAAUGUCUCAGACUGCUGAACGAGAUCAUCGCGGACUUUGACGAGCUCCUGUCCAAGCCCAAGUUCAGUGGGGUAGAGAAGAUCAAGACCAUCGGCAGCACCUACAUGGCAGCCACGGGGCUCAACGCCACACCCGGGCCCGAGUACUCGCAGGACCAUGACAGGCAAUACAUGCACAUCGGCACCAUGGUGGAGUUUGCCUUUGCGUUGGUGGGGAAGCUGGACGUCAUAAACAAGCAUUCCUUCAACGACUUCAAACUUCGAGUCGGCAUUAACCACGGACCGGUGAUCGCUGGGGUGAUUGGGGCGCAGAAGCCCCAGUACGACAUCUGGGGGAACACGGUGAACGUAGCCAGCAGGAUGGACAGCACUGGAGUACUGGGGAAGAUACAGGUCACGGACGAGACUCGGCAGAUCCUUCAUAACCUGGGCUACACGUGUACCUGUAGAGGAGUCAUUAACGUCAAGGGCAAGGGUGAUUUGAUGACCUUCUUCGUCCACACGGAGAUGACCAGGUCGCUCUCACAGGGGAACGUGGUGACCUGACCGCCUAUGAGAGGCCAUCACAUGUGAGGGUGGUCUGUAAAUAGCCCGCCGUGUUUGUAGACGUCAAGCAGACCUCUUUAAGUUGUACCAUGUCCGUGUCACAUGCUGGAAGCAUCCAGGAAAGCUGUGCGGUUUCUUUUUGUACAAAAAGGAA